AUAAACACAGAUAAGCUCCCCUCCUUCAACACAUUUCCAAUUCUCAAACACUUAACCAAGAAGAUCUGACCCACUUGCCGGAUUCUGAUGAGAUGAGGCCCACUGAAGAAGGGAGAUCCAACGGUGGAGGCGCGACGAAGUACGUGGGAGUACGUCGUCGGAAAUGGGGUCGAUGGGUGUCAGAAAUCCGGCUCCCAGGCUCUCAAACACGCCUAUGGCUAGGAUCUUACUCAACACCAGAGGCUGCGGCGGUGGCCCACGACACCGCCAUGUUCUACCUUCGUGGCCCAUCAUCCACCAGGAAGUUCAAUUUCCCUAUGUGCGUCCCAAGAUUCCUCCAAGCUAACAUGUCGCCGCAGUUAAUACAAAGAGCAGCCUCAGAUGCUGGCAUGGCUAUUGAUGCCAAGCUGGCUGCUCCAUCGCCUAUCGACGAUGCAGAGCUGUCGAUGAAUAGCGUGUUUCGAGGACUAGAGAAUUUGAUAUGGGAUGAUGAAGAUGAUGAUGCAGUGAUUCAUGUAGGGAGUGAAUUCAGAGAAGGAGAAGACUUGAAUAUCUCCAUUGAUGAUAUGGAAAUAUGUUUGUAGUAGUUUGAAAUUGAAUUAUGUAAAAGUAGCGUUUGGAU